CUUUGGUAAAACAAAGCGCAUAUUACUUAACGAAAGUCCUGGUCUUUUUCCUCUCAAUUCUGAUAUCCCAAAUUACCAACAUCUCCCUCUCUUCCUCCCCAAACCUCCACAGCUCUCAUUUCCAUGGCGUCAACACCAAACACAGCCAAUAACACCGCCACCGCCAUUAUAACAUCACCUAUAUUCCUCACCAAUGAAUCUCUACACUCAAUCCUCGCACACAAUUCCUUAAUUCAACACUUCCAUACAUCCCUCCCCACUACCUCUUCCACACUCCACACUCCAAUCCGUCAAAGCUAUGACCUUUCCCAAUCAUCCUCUCUCCUUUUGAUGCCCUCUUGGUCGUCUACUCCCUCCCUUCCUUAUAUAGGUGUCAAGCUUGUCACCUACUUCCCUCAAAACUCCGCACUAAACUUGCCUGGAAUUCAUGCAAGCUAUGUGCUUUUUAGCUCUACAACUGGCCAGACUUUGGCUUCAAUGGAUGGCACUGUUUUGACCCUUUAUAGAACUUCUUGUGUAUCUGGGCUAGCAUCAAAAAUAUUGGCUAGGAAUGAUAGUAAAGUUCUUGUGAUGGUUGGUGCUGGUGCUUUGGCACCCCAUUUGAUCAAGGCUCAUCUUGCUGCAAGACCCAGUUUGCAAAAGGUGAUAAUUUGGAAUAGAACAGUAAAGAAAGCUUCAGACUUGGCUGAGAAAUUGAAGAAAGAAUGCAUUGAAAAUGAUGGGGUUUGUUUUGAAAGUAAUGGGAAUUUGGAGGAAAUUAUUGGAUUGGGUGAUAUUGUGAGUUGUGCUACAAAUGCUGAUGCACCUUUGGUCAAGGGUGAGAAACUGAAGCAAGGAGCCCAUUUGGAUAUGGUGGGUUCUUUCAAGGAGACAAUGAGGGAAUGUGAUGAUGAGGCAAUAAGGAGAGGAAGAGUGUUUGUUGAUAACGAGGCUGCUUUGGUGGAGGCAGGGGAACUUGUAGGUGCUUUUGAGAGGGGGGUGACUAAGAAAGAGGAUGUGGGAUUUUUGGUGGAGUUGAUCAAAGGGGAGCAAGUUGGCAGAAAGAAUUCUGAAGAGAUCACCGUGUUCAAGUCUGUUGGUUCUGCAGUUGUGGAUUUGCUUGCUGCACAAUUGGUGUAUGAGAGUUGCAUCAAGAAUAAGUAAUGAGAUUGAGUAUAUGAACUGUUAGUAGAAAUAAAGCGAUGGUCAAUGCUUUAAAAUCUAGAAAAAAUGGAUGGUAAUGGAUGCUAUGUAUGCUAAUAAAAUGAGGAAUUCCCACUCGAAAUCUUCUUUCUGCUUGCCAUCUACACAUGUUUUCUGUAAUGAUCUUUUUCCUCCUUGAAUUCAAUUUGUCUUUAGGAA